AGCGUGUCCAUUCCAAUUGUCAAGUCAUCAAAUGUAUUCAGUUUGGGACAAGUGUCACACCUUCCUCCUACUUCCUUCUUGCUUUGCUCUAUCUCUUCCACUCCUCAGUCUCUCUCUCCAACAUUCAAAGCUCUUCUAGCAUGAAAGGAAGGAGAAUUAAUUAAUUAACCCACUGCCCUCCCCAUUUGUUGUCAAUGAAAGCAGGGACCAGACCACCAUGGAUAGGACUUGGAGUUGCUGUAUGGGUGCAAAUAGCAUCUGGGAAUGCCUACAGCUUCCCUCUCUAUUCCCAUUCUUUGAAAUCUGUUCUUGGUUUUAACCAGCACCAGCUUACUAUGGUUGGGGUUGCUAAUGACAUUGGUGAGAAUAUUGGACUCCUCCCUGGUAUUGCCUCCAACAAGUUCCCUCCUUGGGCCAUUCUAUUGAUUGGUGCUUUUGCCUGUUUCAUUGGUUAUGGUGUUCUCUGGCUUGCUCUUAGCCGCGCUGUCCAGUCUAUGCCUUAUUGGUUGCUAUGGCUUGCACUAUGUGUUGCCACUAAUAGUAGUGCUUGGUUGAGCACUGCUGUACUUGUGACCAACAUGAGAAACUUCCCUCUUAGUCGAGGCACAGUUGCUGGUAUUCUCAAAGGUUAUGGAGGAAUCAGUGCUGCAGUGUUUACUGCAAUUUACAGUAUGCUGCUUCAUAGUUCCUCUUCUAAGCUUCUGAUGUUCCUUGCACUUGGAAUUCCUGUUCUUUGUUUCCUUGUGAUGUAUUUUGUAAGGGCUUGUACUCCAGCUUCUGGUGAGGACUCUACAGAACAUGCCUAUUUUCUUUUUACCCAAGCAGCCCUUAUUGCACUCAGCUUAUAUAUUCUAAUAACCACGAUAUUGGACCACAUGCUUCAUUUGAGUGCCCCAAUAUCUUAUACUUUUCCUGUCAUAAUGUUUGUCCUUCUGAUGGCUCCACUUGCAAUACCCAUAAAGAUGACAUUUUGUUGCACUAGGACCAGCAAAUCAGGGAUGCUUGACCGAUCAAUUGCUUCAUCAGACAAUCUGAUACAGGGAGAAGCAAGUGCGGACAAAACUGAACCAUUGCUCAAGUCAUCCUCAUCAGCACUGAUACUUGGAAGCUUUCAGGAAAGUGACGAGACAUCUGUGGCAGCUAAUAUGCUUCUAGCUGAGGGUGAGGGGGCAGUGAAGAAGAAGAGGAGGCCCAAAAGAGGGGAGGAUUUCAAAUUUAGUGAAGCUGUAAUCAAAGCUGAUUUCUGGCUUCUUUUCUUUGUUUACUUUGUUGGGGUUGGUUCUGGGGUAACUGUGCUCAAUAAUCUGGCCCAGAUAGGUAUUGCUCAAGGUGUACAUGACACCACAAUCUUGUUGUCUCUCUUCAGCUUUUGCAAUUUUGUGGGACGUCUUGGUGGUGGUACUGUUUCUGAACAUUUUGUCAGGUCAAAAACAAUCCCACGUACAAUAUGGAUGACGUGCACUCAAAUAAUAAUGAUCGUAACAUAUCUGUUGUUCGCUUCUGCCAUUGAUGGUACCCUUUAUGCUGCAACUGCAUUACUUGGGAUUUGCUUUGGGGUUCAGUUCUCUGUCAUGAUUCCAACAGUCUCUGAGCUUUUUGGCUUGAAGCAUUUUGGUAUAUUUUAUAAUUUUAUGUCACUAGGGAAUCCUCUUGGUGCAUAUCUUUUCUCAGGUCUCCUUGCAGGAUAUGUAUAUGAUACUGAGGCAGCAAAGCAACAAGAACUGAAUAUGUUGCUUGGCUCAAGCAUCUCCUGCAUGGGUCCACAUUGCUUCAGACUCACAUUCCUGGUUCUGGCUGGUGUCUGUGGGGUGGGAUCCAUCUUGAGCCUAAUUCUAACUAUGAGAAUAUGGCCAGUUUAUGAGAUGCUUUAUGCUGGGGGUUCCUUCAGGCUGCCUCAAAGCUCAAUUCAUUAAGAUUAUUGGAGUGAAGCAUGGAAGUUUGAAGUCAUUUAAAAAGGCCAUUCUACUGAAAAACAUGUUAGUAUGUAGCUGCUUCAACACUAGGAUGCAGAAAGUGACACAGCUAGAGAAACAGAAAUCAACAAACUGAUGUAACGUGUUUUAGCAUGAAGAUAGUUCUCAGACAACUACAUGAAAGCUGUCUUUUAUUACAGAACCAUACUUAGGUUGCAGUUGUAGCCGAGUAUUCAUACUAUUAAGUGUCUGGUGUGUUCAUACUUAUACUUGAACUGCAGUACUGUAGAAAUUAUUGAAUACACGUCAGUUUUAAUCUAGCUUCUUUACUUUGUUGCUGUAUUGAAUCUUGAAUCAAGAAAGGUUCCGAAUACUGAA